AUGCAACCAAGACAAAGGGCAUCCUCCUCUGCUGUUUCAUAAGACAUGGUGGUGGCUAUGGGUGGGCCUGUGGUGCUCAUGAGGAUAAAUCAUCUGCUCCUCUGGCUGGAGAUGUUGAUCAUUCAUUCAACAUGGCUCCUGAUUGGGUAUGCUCAACACACCAGCCUCCCAGAAGUUGUGACACCCUUACAGGUCCCAGGAAACAGAACAAUGUGGGCUAUGGGAUGGCUGACCUACAGCCUGCACUUUGGAGGACAGAGACAUUUUAUCUGCAUAAAAGCCAAGAAGUUCUUGGUACCUAGACACUUCUCUCUAUUCACUUACACUGACCAAGGAACUCUACAUGAGAACCAGCCCUUUAUCAAGAAAGAUUGCUACUACCAUGGCUAUGUGGAUGGAGACCCAGAAUCCAUGGUUGCUCUUACCACCUGUUUUGGGGGAUUUCAAGGAAUGUUACAGGUAAAUGGCACAGUAUAUGAAAUCAAGCCCAAGAGACUUUCUUCCACAUCUGAACAUUUGGUUCACAAGACAGAGAGCAAGGAGACAGAAUUACUCUCAAUGAGAUGUGCACUAACAGAAGAGCUAGCACGACAAAUGAAGCUUCAAGAGAAAGAUAACCCCACUCUGAUGCAAAGCAACUAUGAGGGAUGGUGGACCCACAAGCGUUUUCUUGACCUGGCAUUGGUUGUUGACCAUGAGCGAAUUCAUUAUCACGACAAUAAUAUUUCACAAGUGUUAGUGGAAACAUUUCUCAUUGUUAAUAUAAUAAAUGAGAUUUAUCAUACAUUGGAUGUUGAGGUAGUUUUACAUGGAGUAGAGAUGUGGAAUGAAGGAAACCCAUUCGAAGUGAGCAACAUGGCGAAUCUCUUACGUGAUUUUUGUUCAUGGAAGGCUGUCAGCAUGAAUAAUCGUAUUCCAAAUGAUAUUGCCCAUCUCUUUGUGGGCUAUUAUUUUGGUAUCAACCUUGGUUUAGCUUACGUUGGAUCUGUCUGUAUGCCAACUUAUAAUUGUGGAGUAGAUUGUCUCACAGGAAAUAAUCUUAUUUUUGUUGGAGAAAUUGCAGCGCAUGAGAUGGGUCAUAAUUUGGGUAUGUGGCAUGAUGAUGUCUCAUGUACAUGUGGAGAAGAAGCAUGUUUAAUGGCUGAAAUACACAGUGGCAUUCGAAAGUUCAGUAACUGCAGUUAUGCUGAGUUUUGGAGAACAUAUGCUACUACCAACUGCAUGCGCAAGGAGAAGAAGCCAAUAAGCAAACACAAACACAAGUUCUGUGGAAACGGUGUGGUUGAUGAUGGAGAGCAGUGUGAUUGUGGAUCUUAUAAACGGUGUGCGACAGAUCCAUGUUGUCAGUUGGGAUGUACCCUUAAAGAUGGGAGUGCCUGUGCGUUUGGGCUUUGUUGCAAACAUUGCCAGAUCAUGCCAGCAGGCACAGUGUGUAGAAAAAAGAACAAUGAAUGUGACCUUCAAGAAUGGUGCAAUGGACAUUCAUAUGAGUGUCCUAGUGAUGUUUAUUUGCUUGAUGGGAGCCCCUGUAAAGAUGGUGGCUACUGCUAUGAAAAGAGAUGCAAUAACCGAGAUGAACAGUGUCAGCAAAUCUUUGGCAAAGAAGCCAGGAGUGCAGCUGAGGGAUGCUACAGGAAAAUCAACACCCAAGGUGACCGUUUUGGCAACUGUGGUAUAUCCAAAAGUACAUACUUAAGAUGUAAUGACUCAGACGUCCUCUGUGGGAGAGUUCAGUGUGAGGAUGUAAUGGGUAUUCCCGUUUUGGAAGAUCAUUCCACUGUACACUGCACUCACUUCAAUGGUGUGACCUGUUGGGGGACUGACUACCAUUUUGGGAUGACAAUGCCUGACAUCGGUUCUGUGAAAGAUGGCGCAGACUGUGGUCCAGAGCAUGUGUGCAUGAAUAAGAAGUGUGUCCAUAAGUCAGUUUGGGCAAGCCCAUGUUCAUCAAAGACUUGCAAUAUGAAAGGUGUGUGCAACAAUUUACAUCACUGCCACUGCAACUUGGGUUGGAACCCUCCAUAUUGCCUGGAGAGUGGCUUUGGAGGGAGUGUUGACAGUGGCCCUCCAACUCCAAAAGUAGAGAGACACAAGAAAAUUGACAAAAUUGCACUUAUUAUUCUUUUUGUUAUUUUUUUAAUCUUUAUCUUACUUUGGAGAUGUAUAACUAUGUAA